AUGAGCGAGGUGAUUCAAGCCAUCUUUGUUCGAGAGACGGAAACAAGAUUGCAGCCCAAACCUCAUACUGAGUACAAAGUUGAAGUGCAAGCCGCCGUCCGUCAUUGGCAUGUGUGGAAGAGAUACACUGACUUCGUAAAGUUGAAUGCCCAGUUUCAGGCCAUCUUCCCAAAACACCCGUUGCCCGUAGAGUUACCCAGCAAAAGCUUCUUUACGCGAACCUUUGAUACCCCGCUAAAAAUUGACGACCGGCGACGAGGACUCGAGACCUAUUUAAGAGGUAUCCUCAGUAGUCGAGACGAUCGCUGGCGACAAACGUCUUUGUGGAAGGAAUUUUUAGCCAUCCCCGCCAGUCGCACAGCCGAUAACUCUAUUCUGUACAGCUCCGAAAGCUGGCUGGAUGAGUAUAAUGAUAUGACCAACACCGCACGAGAAAUCCGUUCGCUGAUCAACCGUCGCGCCACCCAUAUUGCUCGCAAUGAGAUAUCAGCUUCCCACAACUGUAGCGUGCAAGCUAAAAAGCUGCUCAUGACGCUCUCUUCCCGGCUGUCCAGUCUCGAUGCCGGCCUUUCCGGUGUAGCAAGCGAAGACAUGUCAAGUGGCGAACUCCGCCGACGUCGAGAUAUGUUGAGCAAUCUCAAGGAAGAAAGGGAUGGAUUAAUGCGACUGAUCCAAUCCGGUCGUCAGGAACAAGACUUAUUGUACCAGUCACUACCCACAGGGCCGGCCAUGCGUGUGAACGAAAUGCAUGGAGACAAAUCUGUUUCCAUGGCUUCAGCUCAAAGACCUUUGCAAGGCCAACCCAUGCCGUUGGCGACAGAAACGGAGGUGACACGUGGACUGGACAACGAAGGAUUACUUCAAUACCAGCAACAAGUCAUGAAAGAACAGGAUGACCAAGUAGCCCAAUUCAGCGCGAUCUUGGCUCGCCAGAAGCAGUUGGGAUUAGUGAUUGGCGACGAAUUAGAUGUACAGAAUCAAUUGUUGGACGAACUGGAUGGCGACGUAGGACGAACACACACCAAGCUAAAGUUUGCCAACAAAAAACUGGAGAAAAUCAAAUAG